UAUUCACGAACAAAAGAAAAAUAUCAAGACAUCAAAUAGAAAACUACCCCAGAAACGACUACACAUGAACGCGAAAAUCAACUAAAAUUCAAGAAUUUUUUUCACAAGAUUUUUAACCUGAGAAAUUCAAAAUGUUUUACAAAUUUUUAGAGAUAUUUUCAGUGAAGAAUUCACUGGUAGGUUUUUUAUUAUUCACGAUACAUUUAUCYCAAAUCAAAUGUGAAACAAACUCAACAGUUGCUGAGGAAAAUCUUCGCUCACARGUUAAAGAUACAAACCAUUUAGUCGAACAUUUACAAGAUCAUUUUGGAUUAGACGAGAAAGCUGCGCGGGAAUAUUUAAAGAAUAACGACGAGAAUGCGCAGUACUUCCUAAUGCAUGAUAACAACAAUGAUAGCAAACUAGAUGGCCUGGAGAUCCUAUCAUCAUUGUCACAUCACAGACAUCAAGAGGACGAGAAACACGACAAGGAAGAUUCUCACAAUAGCGAGGAAUCUCUGGUAGAAUUUGUUGAUAUGAUUUUAUCUGAUCAAGAUCUCAACAAAGACGGAUUCAUCACUUAUCCUGAAUUUAUUACAUUUAUGAGCAAACACCAGCAAAACAACGCAAAGAACACAGAACCAGCAAAGACUUCAUGAUGACACAGGAACCCCGCGAUGUUACU